AUGUCCCCCGGGCUCCGCCUGCCCGCCCGGGCCGCGCUCCUGUCCCGCUCCCCGCCCGAGCCGGGGCUCCCCCGGGCCCCCCCGGUCCCUCCCGCCGCUUCCCCGCCGGGCCGGAGCCGCCCGGAGCCCUCCCGGCCCCGGGGCCUGGCCGAGAUGCCGGGGCCGAGCUCCGCCGCCUUCAUCUUCGAGCUGCUGUGCCGGGGCGGCGUGCGGAGGCUGCACGAGAUGCAGGUUCACGGCCGGGCCCGGUGGCCGGUGUGGCGGGCCCGGUUCGGCCCGGUGCUCACGGUUCACGUGGCCGAGCCCGCGCUCGUGGCGCAGGUGCUGCGGCAGGAGGGCCCCGAGCCCCGGCGCGCCCUCAGCUGCCCCUGGAAGCAGCACCGGGAGCUGCGGGGGGCGCCGGGGGGGCUCCUGACCCUGGAGGGCGAUGCGUGGCGCGGCUCCCGGCGGCUCCUGGCGCGGUCCCUGCUCCGCCCGGGCGCUGCCGAGGCCUUCGCGCUCCCGGUGGCCGCGGCCGUGACCGAGCUCGUGGCGCGGCUGCGGCGGCUGCGGCGGCGCCACCCCCGGGGGCUCGUGCGCGACAUCGGCACCGAAUUCAACCGCUUCGGCCUCGAGGACACCGAGGCUGUGCUGCAGAGCGUGGGGGCGGUGCUGGCGCUGACGCUGGUGACAAUGGCACUGCCACGUCCCCUCCUGCGCCUCGUCCCCGCGCCCUGGGACGCCUUCUGCCACGCCUGGGACCAGCUCUUCGCCUUUGCCAAGGGACACGUGGACCGGCGCGUGGCCGCGGUGGCAGCGCGGGGGCCGCUGGCCGAGGGGGACACGUGUGUCACCGACCUGCUGGCCCGGGAGCGCGUCCCCGUCAGCAGCAUCUACGGCAACGUCACCGAGCUGCUGCUGGCCGGGGUGGACACGGUGGCCAGCACGCUGGCCUGGAGCCUGUACGAGCUGGCCCGGAACCCGGGGGCGCAGGCAGCCCUGCACCGCCAGCUGCUCGCUGCCACUGCCACCAACGGCGGUGACAGUGACAGUGACAGUGCCACCACCGAGCGUGCCGCUGCUGCUGCCACCGCCGCCGCGCUGGGACGGCUGCCACUGCUGCGGGCGGUGGUGAAGGAGACGCUCAGGCUGUACCCCGUCAUCCCGGCCAACGCCCGCGUUGUCCCCGAGUGCGACAUCCGUGUCGGUGACUACCUGGUGCCACGCCAGACCCUCAUCACCCUGUGCCAUUACGCCACGUCCCGCGACAGCCGCUUCUUCCCCGCGCCCGACGCCUUCCGCCCGGAGCGCUGGCUGCGCCCCGGGGACACCGCUGGGGACACCCCCGGGGACACCACUGGGGACACCGCUGGGGACACCGCUGGCCCCAGGCACCCCUUUGCCUCCCUGCCCUUCGGCCUCGGCCCGCGCAGCUGCGUCGGGCGCCGCUUGGCCGAGCUGCAGCUGCACAUGGCGCUGGCACAGAUCCUGCUGCGCUUCGAGGUGCGGCCGGAGCCCGGGGGGGGCCGCGUGCGCCCCAUGACCCGAACCCUGCUGGCCCCCGGAGCCCCCAUCAGCCUGCGCUUCCUCGAGAGGUGA